UACUGGUGAGAGGGAGUGUGUGUGUGACAGCGGUGCGGACACUACACGGUGUACUAUAAUGGUCGGGACACCUCUCAUGUGAUUAAUACACCAAAGGUUGUUGAACAGUUGUUAGUCUGGUGACGUUGUUAACAGAAGUGUGUACGUGUGUGGGUCCUCGUGUGACACACUGCCUAACUCACUUUACCUCCAAAACUCUCACAGGAAUUGUGGAAGACCAAAUCAUUUGUUACGUUUGGUGCAGUUCGUCAUGUUGGCCGUCAUGUCUGGGGUCAAGAGGGAGCGUCCCCAGACACCCACAUCCCCGUCUCAUCAUCCGCCCACCACCCACACGCCCACCACCACUCCACCCACGCCACCUUCCCCCCACCCAUCCUUAGAACCUCUUAAUUUUUCUCGGCCUAAGCCACCAGCGUCGCCCGAACCACUACUACCGCCCACAAGUCUGCACGCCCGCUUGAGCAUGGAGAUGGCACGAGCUGGACUGGGCGGCCACCCUGGGAGGUUAGGAAUGCUGGGCGGCCACGCUGGGCGGUUAGGGGGCCUAGUGCCACCCCUACUGCCAGCUUCAUCUCUCUUCCCCCACCUGCGUUUCGGUCUGGGUCACGACGACGGGGAAGACCGAGGGAUGAAGCGACCUCUCGACGACGACAUGGAGAGCCACCACCUUGACCUGUCGUCCCUGGAGAGCCCCCAGCGACCCAUACGCCUACAGCCCCCCCACCUAGAGGAACCGCGCAGGAAGCAGCGCCGCUACCGAACCACCUUUACCACCUACCAGCUGGAAGAGAUGGAGAAGGUGUUCCUCAAGACGCAGUACCCAGACGUCGUCACCAGGGAGGAGCUGGCCAUGAAGAUAGGUCUUACAGAAGCCAGGAUCCAAGUGUGGUUUCAGAAUCGUAGAGCCAAAUGGAGGAAGCAGGAGAAAGGACUGAGCGGGUCUGGCGGAGGCAUGGCCAGUUCCUCACCGUACUCCUCCUUGGCGAGCAAACUGGCGGCCUUCCCUGGCUACACGCGCCCCCCACUCACCAAGCCUCACGACCCCCCACGCUUUCCAUCACUCCUUUAUUCCCACGCCUCCUCCUCCUCCACCCUGUCUGUAUCAUCUUCCUCUCCCUCUACGUCUUCGUCAGCUAGCGCCGCCCAGAAUGUAUUCCCACCAUUGUUGCCGCUGGUGAGAGACCCCCGCUCCGCUGCCGCCUACAGGUACCCACUACUCAACCCGCUCAGCAGUCCGCUUCUCUACCCACCAUCCUUCCACGCUCUCCUCGCCCAGUUAUCCGCCCACCAUAAAGCUGAAUCCGCUCACGAUUCCGUCCAUAAUGCUCUUGAGGUCGUCCAUGAUCUCUCCCCUGAUUCCGCCUACCACAGACCUGCAGAGACAACUAACGACGCCCCUCGGGAUGAUGAGAGACUCUGUGAUACUGAUCCUCGGGACGCCAUGUUGGAUCGAGUGUCUCUCCCGAAGGUAAACAAAACAUCUCCGGCGAGGUCUGAGAGACAGGAGGACGAAGAUGGAGAAGACGUGGUGGAAGACGUAAACACUAGAGAGGAAGAGAGAGGGAGUGAGGGACGGAACAGCCCUGGCAGGAGUGUGGGGCAGAAGGGGCUGGAGCCUCGUACUACCCCCGAGCCCCCGCGACCUCUGGAUGUCAAGGGCCUGGCCACACUACGCGCCCUAGAGCAGUACCGCGCCUUGGACUUGAGAGCGCUAGAGGAGUAUCGUCGAGCCCUGGAGAUUCGCACUUUGGAAGCCCGGGCUGCGCAGAUCAACGCCCAGGCGCAAUUAGAUGCCGCCCAUCUAUCCGGCAGAUCAACGCCAUCCCCGGGUCCUGUCCCCUCCACCCACACGCCCCCGGAGUCUCCCGCCCUCAACGAUGAGUCGCUUACCGUCAAGCGCCCAGAAUAUAACAUAGACUCUCUACUGAAGAAGGAGGCAUGAUGGUUUCCGCACCUCAGCCACAACUACCUCCGCUUCAACGCCGCCGCACCUUUAUUUAUGAACUCGCUUAUGUUGUUUUACCGUUUAAGUUAUUUAGAUAAUGUUAGUAUAAGAUGUUAGUGUUUAUUAAUACUCUAUUGUACAUAUUGUGACUGAAUGACGUCCAGAUACACAGCUACUCCACUGUUAAGACCAUCACACGGUAAGCCUUGCAGCAGGACUUUAUCGGGGGACACUUAACGCCCACCUUCGUCCCCACAAAAACAUUCUAUUUUAACUCUUACUUUAAUUAACAAGAACAAACUCAGGAUUUGUCAGUACUUCUACGAUAAGUCCUGAGGUGUUCCUGAUAUCAAUAAACUAGUAAGUUUCGUUAGUCGUAUAUUUAAGGAGUGCAGCGAGGGUCGUGGGUGAGCAAGACUCAUGGUGUAGACAAAUAAUAUCACAAGUACUUACCAUCAUCUCGUGGUGUGGGAAGCCCAAGAGUUUAUCUGGGAAAAAGAAAAAUUAAUUAAUAAAAAAUAAUUCCAACCGCAGUAACGUAGGGUCAGUUAUAAGCUUAAGAUAUGUGUAAUAAAACAAAUUUGACCCUAAACUACUCAUAAGCUGCGUUAGUGAGGAGUGAAGUAAAGAGGCUUGACUGUGGGUACAUGUCAAUGAUAUAUUGUUGAUGUUAUAAUGUAAAAUACGUUUUAGUUAUCAAAAUUGAUGAGAUACAUCAACAAAGUCAUCACAUCGUAACCAUUCAUCACUUCAUAACACUCAUCAACUCAUAACGUCCACCAUCUCAUUAUUAACGCAGUAUAUGCAUAUUUAUUACCUGGUUCUUUUGUUUCUUAUAAUAAUACAGUUGACACGAAAUAAAUUACUGUUAAAAUCAAAUCUUUGUUGCACAGUAGGUGCAGAAAAUGAUGUGAUGUUUGUUGAUAUUUGUGAUAUUAAACAAAAACCUUAGAUGCCGAUAACUGGAAAAUGUUAAGGAUAACUAUGGACAAUAUUAAACAGUAGCUUUAAACGACAGCUUCGAUUGGUGAUAAACGAUAACUUAGGAAAUUUUCACGAUUCUCUAAGGAAAUAUACCUUCAUAAUAGCUUUAUAUAAACAUUACACUCUACCGGGUACUGAAACGAUAGCUUUGGACAGCUUUAAUACUUGAUACUAUUAUAUUAGUAGAUGGCAGACGAGCUUUCAGUGUUAUAACUUCUUACGCACAUGUGUAAGUCCUUCACACAAGUGCUGCGUAAGUAACACGUCAGUCAGAAUCACAUGUACUCCCCUGUACACGUUACGUCACUCAGAAUCACAUGUACUCCCCCCCCCCCUGUACACGUUACGUCACUACACAAAACUCAGCUAACCUUGAUCUCUUUGUUUACUUGUUACUGUACAUUUGUUAUUGCUGCAAAUUCUUAUCAUUAGACACAUCUUAUUUUUAUAUAUUUUCUCUGUAAUUUAUGACUUAUUAGUGAGAAGAUAAGAGCAACGAAAGCUACUAACCAAAUAUAGUUGUUAAGGACAUUGUCAUUAGAUAUUGUGUUGGUUCAUAUAUAUUUUUUUUUUAAGAUUUUCUGAACCAUAAUAAAUUAUAGCUGUUUACACUAUUCUGAUUACAUUUCUAGAACCAAUCUGUGUUACGUAACCUUUUUUUAUUAAUAUCAAAUUUGUGUUAGUACUAAAAGAGCAACUCUUCACCACUGUACUUUAUAAACUUGUAACUAUCAACAUAUUCUUGAAAUACACAAAAAUAAACGCCUUAACGAGAUACAGUACCUGGAGUAUGUAUUGUACUGCUGGUCUGUGUGUGAUGUACAGUGUUAUUACAUGUUUGUUAAACUACUUGAGUACAUUGUUAGUGCUCAUGCUCGUUAAUUUAUAUACGGUACCUUAGUAGUAGUGGGAGAUGCACUGAUGUGGUUCUUUUAGGAUAAUCCAAAUGUAAAUAGUCCAAUGUUCUCUUUAGGUUUUAGAACUCGUAGAGGGGUGAAGCUGGACGCCAUGUUUGUCAAUUUCAUUUAGAUUACAUCUUGCAGUGGUGAAAUGAUCGGGUCGCCCCACAUAGUGUUCCCUCACCCAGAGAUUUAAGCAGCCUCAUGUAACUAGGAACGUAUUAAGGUUGAUAGGCUGAUAUAGGUAGCGAAGUAAUGUAGAUCCCUGAGAUGUUGUAAAUAUAUACAUUAUAUGAAAUUAGUGUACACUAGUUAGUCGGGACAUUGUAUAUAGAAAGCAGGGUACACGAGUUAGCUGGGACGGUGCAAUUUAGCUGUAGUUUAGCUGGUAUUGGAUGAUCACCUGAUAGUACACUUGUGCCCGCCAGGAAUUAUAGGAAUUAUUUACUUUAGAAUGAAAUAAAAAAUAACCAACUUUA